UCGUUUCGAAAAACAAGUACGGCCCGAAGUUCGCCGCGUAAGCGGCAGCAGCAGCAGCCGUGUGGCGGCGCGGCUUCGACGGAGUUCAACGUCGUUGGUGUUCCGAAGCGCGCGCGUUUACCGCCAUAACCUCGCGCCUCGGUGCCGUCGCGGUCCAGCUACGCGCUCGAACGAAGGAUGUCGUCGUGCACGGACUUGUUGCGCCUGAACGAGAAGGGCCUGUUCAAGGAUAUCAAGGCGAGCCUGUCGAGCGGCGCCAAGGAGACGCGGAACAUCCUCGAGAUUCGCGACAACGUGCUGUACGUGUGGAACGCCGACAGGUGUUGCGUGCUCACGCUCAACGUCGCGGCGACCCGCGGCAAGCUCGGCGAGGACAUCCCUUAUCAGACCCUACAACCAACAGAUCCGCCGAUAUUUGAGGUCACAAACGUACUGAUAAACGAGACAGCAACGCAACUGGCACUAUGGGGCAAGUUGGGCAUCGCUCUCAUGGAAUUGCCGAAACGAUGGGGCAAGGAUGCCGUUUACGAAGGCGGCAAAGAAGAGAUUCUUUGCACGAAUCAUAAUUUCGGCGACUUCGAAGCAACCACGGAGAUUCAACAAGCGCGAUGGCAUCCGGGUUCUACUAACGACUCUCAUCUAUUGGUUUUGACAUCUGAAAACUCUUUUCGUUUAUACGAGUGUGAACUGGGCGGUGCACCAAGACUCAUAAAAUGCUGGAAGGUCGGCCGCGCGCCAUCGAGCUCACCCUCGAAGAUCCCGGACUUUACGUCCCUCGGCGAGACCGCGGUGGACUUCGAUUUCGCCACUCCUACCCUGAGAAAACCGGAAUUGUUCGCAAACGACGAGAUAAAGGAAGUGAUGAACUGGAAUCAGAUCGAGUGGCCGAUCUUGGUGCUCCGUGGAAAUGGCGAAGUACUAAUCGUUCGUGGGAACGUUUUAUUGGAGAACUAUGAGAAUCCAGUGGUAUUGGGCUCGCUGUCCAUGUAUCCGUCGACCGACGAUAAUUACGGGAUAGAUUCGUGUUCUAUCAUGUGCCUGCAAACUACCCCGCCGAUAGUGGUCAUCGCCAUGUGCACCGGAAAGAUUUAUCACGCGAUACUGCUGCGCGAAAUAUCGGACUACGACGAUGACGACAGAAAGACUUGGUCGCAAUAUGGUUCGAGCUAUAGUCUUCAUACGCCAGACGAUGCGCUUUAUGUCUACGAGUGCGUCGAACUGGAACUGGGUCUUCUCUUUACGGAUGACGAUAAGAAAUAUAAUUGUCCCAUCCACCUUCACUGCGACAAGGGUAACAAAUCGAGAUAUUUUUGCUCUCACAACGCUGGAAUUCACAUGGUGAGUCUACCGAUGGUUUCUCAACUGGAUGAGUUUAUACAUGACAACAGCGGAAAUUAUCUACCAUCUUUGUUAAACCAAUCAAUUUUACAAUAUUUAUUCUCUACGAGAACCAAGCAUACGAACGUAGAUGAACCUACGCCGAUAUUCGGUUUUGGCCUUCUUCAAGAACCUUGUAUUUUAGUCGCAUUAUUGCACACAGGCGUUGUCAUCGACCUCUCGGUUAUAGAUCUUUAUUAUCUUCCAAGGAUCGAGCAAUUAGAACCUGUUAUUGAUACUACAAAGAAGGUGAAUAAGGAACCAUUCGACGUAUACAUCAAGAAAUUACUAAGACGCGAAAUAUCACAACCGAUAACUAAAAUAGGAUCUCGCUUGAUGUCCUUAAGCGAAUCCCUAGAGUUGUUGUAUCACGCCACAAAUAUCUUUCGUACUCAACAUUUCGUCCGACACGACAAAGUUCGGGAAGAAAUCAGUAAGAAAGUCCGUGCUCUGAAGGCUUUGAAAAGUCAUCUAUUAAAGGAACUCGACGCUUUAAUAGAGACGAAGAAAGAAUUGCGACAGACCGCUGAACGUUUAGCUGAACGAUAUGAAGAUAUUAAUGAUAAACAGAAAGAAUUGGCACGUAGAGCAGAGGAAGUUUUAAGAUUGGUAAAUUACAAAGAACCUUCGAUGACGCCUAUUGAGCGAGCAGAGGCGGAAGAAUUGAAGAAAAUGGACGUGAAGAUAUACGACAUGCAGAUCCGACUUGAACAGCUCAAGAAAAAAUCCGCUCAACAGACUAUCCAUACAAAUGGUAUUGAAACUAAUGGGAAGAAAAAAGAAAUUGUUUUCACACGCAGCCAAGAGGAAGCGACAAAGGAAAAUCUUAGUCAGACGGCGAAAAAUAUAAAGAAUUUGGUAGAUCAGGUAAAACAGAUUAAAGCAGAAAUUAGUCUUUCAUAUAUUAGCAAACAGUAAUAACAAAUAUCAAUAUUCUUAAAUUGUAAUUAGUGAUUGUAUAUUUUAAUUUUACAAAUUUGUAUGAACAAUAAAAGAUUAUUUUGUUAAAUAAUUCUUUAAAAUCCUAUACCUUUAAGAUUUCUAAUUAAUGGUAACACUUUAACGUGUUACUUUUGUCUAUCCAUCAUUUUACCCGAAUAAUUGUGUAUAACACAUUAAAUUAUUUGUUACAAACUUAUUUUUACCGUAAUUUUUUUGCUGCAACGCUCCUUCACAUAAAAUGGUUGUACACUGAGUCUCGACCACUAUUAAUGUAGAAGCGCAUCGACAAGAAUAAAAAACUAUUAACCACAAU